AUAUUUCGGAUGGCCAGCAGAAGAUCAUGCUCCACCUCGGGCAGUAGCACUACGGAGAGUUCCCCACGUGAGGGUGUAGUGCGGCCUCCCAAGGGAUCGAAGAGAAAACGCAACGGGAAGCUCUGCCAGCAUCCAGGUGGUUGUACUCGCUUUGCCCAAGGAGCAACGAAUCUCUGUAUCGGCCACGGUGGGGGCAGGCGGUGCCAGUUCCCAGGUUGCCCUAGGUCGGCAGUAGGCCGCAGUAACAAGUGUGUUACUCACGGUGGAGGACGUCGCUGCGAAUUCACUGGUUGUUCGAAGAGUGCCAGAGGAAGCACCGGUUUCUGCUUUGCUCAUGGAGGAGGAGCGAGAUGCCGCAUUUGCGGCUGUGGACGGGUUGCUCAUCGCAGUACUGGUCUAUGUGUCAAUCACGGAGCGGGUAGAGAAUGCGACUAUCCUCUGUGCAAGAAGCUUGCCCCGUGGCCAAGUAUGUAUUGUCAAUCUCAUCAGACUAUAGUUGAACCUUCCACGAGGGACGUCGCGGAAUCUAUUUCGACUGAAGCCACCGAGUGCUGCUUCUAUCCAUCUUUAGCAUUGGAGGAUUUCAAUGCCAUGGACUGUGAUAACUUAAUUGAUUAUUUUCCCGCCGGCCCCGACGUUGAUGAUGACGAGGAGGAUUCUCCCAUGGAGAGUAUCGACGAGGUUAAUGGUGACGGACCACUUUUAGACUUUUUAGCGUGCUGUAGUGGGAGAGGAAAUAUUACCGACCUCGAGAAUUCGGUUCUAUCAUCAACAGUUGAAGAAAGGGUGGUAUCGUGUGCUCUCAGCGCGCGCUCCUUAGGAACUCUUGGAGACAUACUCGCACGUUUCGAUGAAUUUUUGGAACACUGACUCGCACGGCAUGUUGGUGAUGAGGGCUUUGUGAGAACUGAUCUACUAUGUGUCCUUCUUUUUUUCCUGCCUCUAUGGUGCUACAAUUUAACUCUAGCUGAAGGCGCGGUUGGUCCAAUUGCGGAUUGUUGCUUUAGUUCAUCAACUAUCUGUGACAGAAACCAUGAACUGGAAAGAUUGUGACCGAUUGCUUACGAAUGUCUCUCCAGUGGUCACAAGACUCGCUUUUCCGUGACACGCGCGAGGUUGCUUUCGUGUUCAAACUGGUCGGCUGGAUGUAGUUGGCAUCUACUUCUCAUCAGCAGUAUUGUGCUGUUGUUUGGUUUUCGUUGCCUCCUAUUAUUCCCUCUGGCACGGAUAUAUUGGUAAAUCUUUAGCACCUCAGACCGCGGCUUUUCCAGUAUACCACAUACACCAACUGUCUCAUAGGGAGUCUGUUUCACGUUGA